CGCGCCACGACCAUUGUGUGGAAGCUGUCCUGAAUGCGCACGAGUACCUCGGAUUCGCGCCUGAGCACCGCCACUAUCUCAGUAUUUAUUCGCUUGAUGACACCGAUAUGCCGGGAUAAAAGCCCAGCCCAUUCGGCGAGGCCUGACUCGUGGUGCGGCGUUCCUAGGAAGGCAAUGGCGCGGCCAACCACGGUCGAGCAAAUCCAGGCCAUCCUGCGCGUCGCCAACGAUUACAAGAUUCCCGUGUGGACCGUCAGCCGGGGCAAGAAUCUAGGCCACGGCACCAACUCGGGCCGCAUUCUGGGAUCUGUUAUUAUCGACCUCCAGGACAUAGAUAAGGUCCUUGAGAUCAACGACAAGUACUCCUAUUACACAGUCGAGCCCGGUGUUUCCUUCUCCAAGCUGUACGAGACUAUUCGCAAGCAAAAGAAGAACAUCUACUGUGGCCCUUGUUCCGCGGCGGGUACGGGCCUACGCACGACUCCAUGUUUCUCGCAGUCCAACUUCGGCAUUGUCACUAAAAUGACGUCGUGGCCAUCGCCCGCACCGCACGGCUUCACGUCGUGCCACGUUACCGUGCCCAAGGAGGCGGGCUUGGCCGCCAUGGUCGACAUCUUCCGUGACCUACUCACUCACGAAGUUGUCCAGAACCACCCUCCUGUGAUCGGUAACAUUAUCCGUGAGCUCAGUAAGCGCAGCACGCAGGCCAGCUGGUACGACGGCAAUGGCACCAUCCCCGACUGGAGGCUAGAGGAGCUGGCCAAGGAGCAGAACAUAUCGUGGUGGGACGCUUAUUUUGAUGCUUCCAAGGGCGAGAAGUAUCUCGACGCGGCUGCCGUGCCCUGGGAAGACAGCGGUAUGCAGACAGGCGUGCCGUCAAUGAUGCUUAUCGCCGCCCUGGAUUGGUACUUUGAGGCUAAAGAGAUUUGCAAGAGCCUCGGCUUCGACUUUGUCGCGGGCCUGCACCUUUACCAGCGCCAUCUGGCCCAUCUCAUUAUGAUCUCCUUUGACCGGACCGACCAAGCCGUCAAGACGGCGGCCAACGAUCUGUUCGUGGAGCUGGUGCUCAAGGCACGGCGCGCGGGCUGUGGCAAGUACCGGCCGCACAUUAACCACAUAGACCUGGUAGCGGACCAGUCCGACUUUGGCGUAAAGGACGAGGGCGCCAACGGCGUGCCUGCACUCAUGCGCCUCAACUAGCGCCUCAAGGACGAGUGCCACCAACGGCGUCAAGGCCGGGUGAUAGCCUGGAGCUGGUUUCAUGUUAAUGAUUGAUUAAAUAGAUGGAAGAAUAAUAUACAGCAUUUUUCCCCCAGACUUGCCCCCGCUAAUCAUCACGCUUCGCACACGAGUCUAGAGUCAUAUCGGACGAUGCCACCCAAGUCUCUAGGAUCUCAGCCCGGCGCUAAGCUAGCGACUGAUAU